AUGCCAUCACCUGCAACAAUAAAAGAAAUGCAAAGACUCGCCAGACGCUUAGCAACCUUGAAUAGAUUCUUGGCAAAUCAUGCGGCAAAAUUUUACCCAUUCAUCAGUACACUACGAAACUGCGCCAAGAAAACCCACUUCCAAUGGACACCAGAAGCAGAAGCAGCCUUCAAACAAAUGAAGGAAUGUCUAAUUCAGUUACCAACACUAACAGCACCACGAGAAAAAGAACCACUGAUCUUAUAUUUAUCUGUUGCGGAAGUAGCGGUUGGUGCAGUAUUAAUGGUGGAGAGAGAAAAUGUUCAAACUCCAAUUUACUAUAUAAGCAAGAUGCUCACCGGACCAGAAACCCGCUACUCAAUGAUAGAAAAACUGGUCCUAGCAUUAGUACAUGCAUCAAGGCGCUUACGUCGACCAAGACCAGCAAUCAAAGGGCAAGUUUUAGCGGACUUUUCCACAGAAGUUCCCAUCAACAAAGUUCAAGAGUGCGAAGCAAUCCAGAACCCUGUUCCUGUUUUCGACGAUAGAGUCUGGACUCUACACACAGAUGGAGCUUCCAAUGACGACGGAGGAGGCGCAGGUCUUCGAUUAGUCAGUCCUGAUGAUCACGAACUUACCUAUGCCAUACGCCUGGAUUUCCGAAGCACAAACAACGAAGCAGAGCAUGAAGCGUUCUUAGCAGGUCUCCUCUUAGCGCUUAAAAUGGGGGCAAGAAACCUUGAAGCUAACGUUGAUUCAAAACUAGUGGCCGAGCAGGUUAACGGGCACUAUGAUGCAAAAGGAGAAGCCAUGGCGUUAUACCUUGAACAAGCGCGGAUAUUAAUCAGCCAAUUUCAGACGUUCAAGGUUAACCAUAUAAACAGAAGCGAAAACAAGCACGCAGAUGCACUAAGCAAAUUGGCAGCCACCAGCUUCAAGCACUUAGCAAAAGAAGUGCGCAUCGAGGUAUUAUCCAAUCCUUCUGUUCAUCUCAAACAAGUGAACGUUAUAGAAAUCGGGAAUCCGGCCUGGAUCUCUCCGAUCAUUUUAUACCUUCAACAUGGGAAACUCCCAGAAAGAAAGGCAGAAGCUCGAAAACUCCAACACAAGGCAAUAAACUAUGAAAUGGCGGAUGGCGUUCUGUACCGAAAGUCAUUUAUGGGACCAUUGCUACGUUGUGUCGACAAAACAGAUGCGCAAUACUUGGUCCGAGAAAUCCAUGAGGGAUUAUGCGGAAUACACGCAGGGCCGCGCAUGGUUGUGGCAAAAAUAAUGAGCGCAGGAUACUAUUGGCCGGGAAUGCACGUGGACGCAGUAGAAUUAUUACGGAGAUGCACAGCUUGUCAACGCCAUGCACCAAAAACACUUCAACCAAAAAAUCCACUCGUACCGGUCACUUCCGCCUGGCCUUUCCAACAAUGGGGCAUCGAUCUCGUUGGCCCAUUUCCUGACGCGCCAGGCGCAGUAAAAUUCAUCAUUGUAGCAGUCGACUAUUUCACAAAAUGGGUUGAAGCCAAGGCACUAGCCUCCACAACAGCAAUGGUAAUUCGCAAAUUUAUAUGGGAAUAUAUUAUUUGCAGAUUCGGAUUACCAUUGUGCAUCAUCUCCGACAACGGCACCAAUUUUGCCUCAGAAGACUUUCAGAAAUGA